AUGCGAGCUGUUGUGCUUCUCUUGCUGGUGGCUGUAGCCAGUGCUAAACAGUUUGAGAUGGAAGAACUGGCAAAAAUUCUUAAGAGACAUGGAAUGGACAACUACAAGAGAACCACCCUCGGUGAUUGGUUGUGUUUAAUUGAACAUGAGUCCAACUACGACACUCAAAAACAAAACACUAAAAAAAACAAGGAUGGCUCCACUGACUAUGGUCUCUUCCAGAUCAACAACAGGCACUGGUGUGAUGAUGGAACAUAUAGGCCUACAUCAAAUGGUUGUAAAAUCCGCUGCUCAGAACUGCUGAAAGAUGACAUCCAGGAUGCUAUCAACUGUGCCAAACACAUUGUUAGUGAGCACAAAGGUGGACUGCAUGCCUGGGUGGCCUGGGUUAACAAGUGCAAGGGCAAGGACAUGAGUCGCUAUGUUCCAGACCAGAGCUCUGUUCCAGACACAUCAUGUUGCCCAGUAUAUAUACCCUCCUCUGCUCUCUUAUACUGUACAAUACUGUGGAUGAACUCCUACUGCAACAUGAGAGCUGUUGUGCUGCUUCUUCUGCUAGUGGCUUUUGCCAGUGCUAAAAGGUAUGGGAAAGGAGAGAUAGCUAAUAUCCUGAGGAGGGCUGGAAUGGAUGGCUUCCAAGGAAUUAGCCUUGCUAACUGGAUGUGCCUGAUUGAACAUGAGUCCCAAUAUGACUCUGAGGCAAAAAACCCUUACAACAGCGAUGGCUCCACUGACUAUGGCAUCUUCCAGAUCAACAACCGCUUUUGGUGCAAAGACCCCAACUUUAGAGGGGAUGGAAAUGGCUGUGGGGUGUCCUGCUCAGAUCUGGUGAGAGACAUCAACACAUCUAUCAACUGUGCUAAGACAGUUGUUAGCCAAAGCCGGGAUGGAAUCGGUGCCUGGGUGGCUUGGCGAAACAAGUGCCAGGGCAAAGACCUGAGCAGCUAUGUUCGAGGAAUUUAAUUAGUGGCACAUUAUGAGCAUAAUAAUUAUUAACAAAUGAUCAGCCAGAUAAUGGCAACUUUGCUAUUUAUUUUGGCCUGUCAUCAUCAAGUGAAUGCACAGAGAAAACCAAGUUGAUAGAAGUUUUUACUACAUAGCAGUCACGAGCUAUGCACAACAAUAAUAAUAAAAAACAUU